AUGUGAGGCCUGACGAGAGCUGCUACAUCACCCGUCGGGAAAUUUGAAUUAAACCGCUUAAGGAGGCCAAUUUGGGCCCGUUUCGAACCUUGUUUCCAGGGCUUUUCUCUUACAGACAUUGGGAUCCCUGUGAACGAGUUUGAACAGAAGUGACAUCGCUUGUUUUUUGUUCCGUUUUCUUUUUUCUUUUUUUUUUUCUUUUUAAUUUUUACCUUGACUGCACCCUUAUUUGAGUCAUGCGGUAUAAACAUCACCCUGAUAACAACAAAAAUAUACCACAGCCACAGUUGCGUGGUAGAGUGGUGCUAAAUGUAACCUUUAAAACAUUCACGAAAAUCGUGGACUUUCCCAUCUGAUGAAUCCACAUAAGUUUAGGAGCUCCUUUGAAAUGAACUUUUUUUUGUUAAAAUGAUGACUUUUGACCCACUGAACGUCAGGAAUGCUUCAGCAAUCCACUAACACUACGAGCUAAUUUAGACCACUGUAAACACGAGAGUCAUAUUUCAUACACGUCUUGGCGAGUGUAUCUUUAUACCGCACCUUAAGGAGCGCUGCAUUAUCCUGAGACGCCAGUGUUUCGUCAUGGCCGAGAAACAAGAACACUCAUCUGCUCGUGAUUCCCAGAACUGUUCAUCUACGCUCGUUUGUCCAGUGUCGUUAGUAUCUUUAUUGAUCUGUACCGCUGCCUUGGUGCGCGUUGAGAUAAUAAACCAGCGAGUUCACGAUGUUGAAGAUCUUGUGGCGGACGCACGACAGAAUCAGAACAUAAUCAAGGUUUUCAUCGAUGCAGCAAGCUUGGAACGCUCUGAAAGAGUCGAGUCUGUUGGAGAAUUUGAUCACAAGAUUACUAAAGAGAGUAAAGAUGAGGCAGAAGUUCAUAUCGGAAGAACCCGCCGGUUUUCAUCUGAAGCUGGCACAAAACCGGACGAGCUUACUAUGGAGUCAGUCAGAAGUGAGAUAAACAAGACAUUAAACUCUCUGACGUCACGAUCAUUCUGUUCACCCAAACGACAAAUCUGCGUGCAAGGACCGCCGGGAAUGCAGGGUCCUAAAGGAUCACGUGGUAGAAGAGGACCGCGUGGAGUCACGGGAAAGAAAGGGUCACGUGGUGACAGAGGAGAACCAGGCCCUCAUGGAAAGCGGGGACCUAUGGGGCCACCGGGUCGAAAGGGGGAACAGGGAAUCCAAGGUGUGCCGGGUCCCAGGGGUAUCCCCGUUGCAAAGGGAGAACCCGGGGAAUCUUUUUCACCUCCCACGGUAGUGAUUUCCCCGAUGAACCACACAGUCAUAGAAAAUCAAAGUGCCGUGUUCCAGUGUUCUGUCAGCGGAAAUCCUAAACCGAGCGUCACGUGGUUACGAGCGAAAAGUGCUCCUUUAAGGAGCCGCAACGGAAGAUUAGAAGUCCGUCACGUGACACUAGAUGACGCAGGAGACUACACUUGCGUUGGAAGAAACUUACUGGGCACUGCAAACGAGACCGCUGGAAUGAUCGUAAAAGGUAUGUCAAACGUUUGAUCGCCUUGCUAUAAUUUAUGGUUAGCAUGCUUAGAACGGGCUGCAUUUAUCUCCAACGGCCACCAUAACCAUGUAAACAUGCAUCCUAUCAGCAUCUCUUGGACAGGAUAAGACUACCCUCCAUGGAAUCUCGAAGAAUUCAAGACAUGUUAUUGACAAUACAUAA